AUAUUUAAAUAAACACAAAAAAAAAACUAUUUAUAGAGUCUAGAACUCUAUGUCUCUAGAGUAUUCUCUUUGCACUUCAACCUUUCAUUCUAUGUACCUAUUCACAAACAUGUAGCCUAACCUAAACUAAACUAAACCCAAGUUGUCACCCAAGUUGUAUAUUAUUAAUAUUACAUAUUUUAUAUCUAUAUAUAAUCACAUCAUAAUAAUGGUAUUGUGAUUUGUGAUUGUGUAUAUCUAUGACUUUUCAGCUUCUUCAUUUUUUUUAAGGUUGUACGGAAUCUGCAUCUUGUUUGUUUGAUUCAAUUUGCCGACACAAACAUUAGUUUGAGUUGUUCUUUCGGAGAGUUCUAGGUUGUGAAAAUUUGUCUUUUUUUUUGUUGGAAAAAAAUGGCUAAUGAAGGAAACAAAAGCAAUGAUUUUUAUGCGGUUUUGGGAUUGAAUAAAGAAUGCACUGAUUCAGAGCUAAGGAAUGCUUAUAAGAAACUUGCAAUGAAAUGGCAUCCAGAUCGUUGUUCAGCUUCAGGAAAUGUGAAGUUUGUGGAAGAAGCUAAGAAGAAAUUUCAGGCGAUUCAAGAGGCCUAUUCUGUUUUAUCUGACGCAAAUAAGAGGUUAAUGUAUGACGUUGGAGUUUACGACAAUGAUGAUGAUGAAAAUGGUAUGGGUGAUUUUUUGAACGAAAUGGUUACAAUGAUGAGCCAAACUACUUCAAAUGAAAAUGGAGAGGAGAGCUUUGAGGAGUUGCAGCAGUUGUUUAGUGAUAUGUUUCAAGCAGAUAUUGGAUUGGAUGGAAGCAAUUCUAUGAAUGCUUCCACUUCAUCUACUUUCAUGACUUAUAAUGAAAGUUCUAAUUCUAAUAAACGCAAUUCCAACCAGAUGAACUAUGGAAUGGCGGGCGAUUCGUCGAGCAUCGACACUAAUUAUCAGAACUUCUGUUUUGGGACAGGUGAAGCGCCAUCAAGAAGAUGUGGCGGAGAAGGAAAAAGGGGGAAUUCAAGAAAGAGGAGGUAGCAAUAGACAAAGAAAAGGCAGAAAACAAAAAAUCUCAUAUGGCCAUGAUGUUUCCUCUAAUGACAAUCAUGGAAUUUCUGCAAACUAGUGUGUCAACCUUAGUAUUUUGGUCUUGAAAAUUUCACAAUCUUGACUCGCUACAACAAAAAAAGGUUAGGAGCAAGAACAUAUAGUUUAUGUUAGUACUAUGAAGUCCUAGGGAGGAUGUCACAAAUGUCUCCCUUCAAGCCAUUGGACACUUAUGUUAAGAGUUUGAGUUUAAAUUUAAUUGACAAGUCAUUUUGGUAUUUUUCAUUUAUGCAUAUUUGUAUCAUUUCAUUUCAAGAUAUUUAAAUCAAAAGUGUAAUGUUUUAGUCA